ACAUGACUGGAGGCGUCUGAGAAGACAGCACACUAUCCAGGACAGCAGAGGGCUGAGUGGAUCACAGCAGGCAACACUGACACAAACUGCGGACAUUUCCGGAUCCCUGUCCCCCAAACUCUGACUCUAACAUGGAGCAGGAGGAUCUGAUUGAAAGGGAUCUGACCCUGACUGUGCUGCUCCCAGACGGACAUGAGAGAACUGUUACUCUGCAUGGCAGUAAACCAGUGAUGGACGUGCUGGUCAUUCUGUGUGCUCAGUACCAUCUGAAUCCCUCAGACCAUGUGAUCGAGCUUUUUUCCACCAAUCACAACAAGCUCAAGUUCCAGCCCAGCUCUCUGAUUGGCUCUCUGGAAGCUGAGCUCGUUGCGCUUAAACCUAAACAAAGUGACACCAGAAAGACCCCGAACAUACCUGUGGCUACAGUGCGUCUCCUGAUAAACUACAGGAAAUCCCAUAAGGCUGUACUGCGAGUCAGUCCCAGGGUUCCCCUGGCCGAGUUGAUGCCAGCUGUGUGUGAGAAGUGUGAGACAGAUCCAAAAACCACCAUGUUGUUGAGAGACAGCCAAUCAGAAGAGCCGCUGGAUCUGACUAAAACGCUCAACGAUUAUGGCAUCAGAGAAGUGUAUGCGAAAGUUGUUUCAAGUUCUCCAACUGACCCAGCAGCACUGAUUCAGAAAGAUUGCAAGAAGGAAAACUUUGCGGUGCAGGAGAAAGUCCUGGGAGAGAAAGAGAAUAGAGGAUUUCUCGGCUUGUUUAGGAGAAGCAAGAAAUCGGCUGAAGAGCCUGCCACCACCACCACCAUUAGCACCGCCACCUCUCCGGUGCUGAAAGAUCAGCAUGCAAACAAUCCAACCAGCUCCAAAGCCUCGUCCAUGACGUCUUCUGAAAUGCCCAAGAAGAGGCGGGCGCCUCAGCCUCCCAGCAUGCCCGGCUCGCAGAGCGUCUCUUAUGAACUGAACUCUAGUCACCAGUCAACACUGCCGUCCAUCGAUGAUGAAAAACAGGGUGUGCGAAGUCGUGUCUCAUCCACCGAGUCGGCUCUCAAGAGGAACAAACGUAGAGCUCCACCCCCUCCACACUCAAGCCCCUCCCAGGCAGACACUUCAGAUCAAGAAAGGUUGUAUACAGGAUCCUUUCUCGAGGACACUGAUGAUGAUGACGCUGCUGAAGCCGGUUUCAACCAGUCCAGCGAUUUUAACUUGUCCAUCCCAUCGUCCUCUCUGAUGACCGAAGUCCUGUCUGAAUUUAUUGACAGAAUGAAAACCAUGGAGCAGAAAGACAUCUCGUUUGAUCGGUCUAUGACACAUUCACCUCCAGUGUCUGGAUCUCUGGACGGUGAUCCCAUGGUGCCCCCUGGCUGUGAGCUGCUGAGACACGGCUCUCAGAGACACGGCCUCACAACCUUCACCGUGGUGCCUCAGAGAAGGCCUCAAAGCAUGAGACAAUACGAGUUUCUCCUCACAAUGGAGAAAAUGAAUGGAGAUGCAGGAGGAAAUCUGGAGGGAAGUAGCUCAGAAUCCAGAAAGACUGAGAAAACGGAGAUGGUGAUGCUUGAAAGAAUAGAUGCUGAAUUUGAGAAUGUAGAGGAAACGAAUAAAGAGCUGGGUAUCACAGAAGCGUUUGGGAAAUUAAACCUGAACAUGAAUGCAGGAGAUGGGAUGGAAGAUAGAGAUGAGAGAGACUGGAUAGAGGAGUACAAAGAAAGAAGGAGGAGAUUUCUAAGCAAUGAUGAUCAUGACAGUGGGAAAGAAGCAAAAUCAAAGACCUCUACAAAAGCAUUUGAUGAAGAAAUCGUGGAUGAUGUUCCUCCACCAUCACCACAACUUCGUGUUUGCUGGGAAGAGGAAGACACUGAGACGCAGAAUCUAAAGGAAGCUGAGGUAGACCAAGCAACAAACACUUUCCCUAUGCAAAACCCAAAUACGUCCAGGUGUGAUCCUAUAUCUGAUGGUGAUACCCAAGGCCCCGACUGGGAUGUAAACCUUUCCUCCAACGUCGAGUCCUCCAAAUCUGACUCACCUUCCCCAAGCUCUCCUCAAUCCAGUCCUCGUAAUCACCAACCCAUUUCAGUUCAGUCUACUUUGCCCAAGGUCUCAAAAUCUGAACUCGACCCUGGCUUUGAGCGUUCUUCUCCAAACUCGCCAUCUCUUUUUGCUUUGGCCGUCUCCCAGAGAGUCCAGAGUCUUGGAAAUGCCUUUUGUCCUUUAAUUCCGUCUACAAGAAGGAUCAGCUCUCCAACUCAACAUCCUCAAAGUGUCGGUUCUCAAAACACUUCCUCUCAAAAGCUCUAUUUCCAAAACCUGAUCUCGCAAGAGUUCAUUUCUAAGAGUCCAGCAUGUCUAGGUGCCUGCAAUGAAGCCCCGCCUACCUCUGCUAUGACACCUCAGGCGAGGAGGCAGGCCUGGCUUUCCUGUUCACGCACACAGUUGAAGCAUUUGGAGCAGCCCUCAAGAUCUGGGUCCAGAUGAAGCUUCAUCACGUCACAUUUGGUUGUUUUUGGAAAUCUAAAGAAGUACAGGCUCGCAUUAUAUCAUUAAUGAAUUACAUUUUGAUUUUGAUGGCUUUAUUAUUCCUUUUUUUUUUUAAUUGAGCCCUGUUUGUUAUA